ACACAUUACAUACUCAAAUUUGUUUUCAUAAAAUAAAAUGACUUCAUCAACAAACACUCAAUCAAUACCACCUUUACGCUCCCAAAGAGAUCUCUGUUGGAAAUUACGAGAUGAAUAUUUUGAAUGUUUAGAUAAUAUCAAUAAUUCGAAUAAUGAUGAUAAAUUAUUUGUUGACCCAGUUUCAGUACAAAAUGAUGAAAACAUGCAAAAAUUGGUAAAAAAAUUUAAUUGUUGGAAAAAGAAGGAAGAAUAUGAAAAAUCUUGUAUUACAAGUUGGGUCGAAUAUUUUAAUAAACGUAGACAAUUGGAGAUUAAACAACGUGAAAUGUUAAAUAAAUGAAUAAAUAUAAAACUUCGUUAUAUUUUGAGUAGGACUAUUUAUAGAUAAUUGAUUAAUUGAUCAUUUAAUUAUAAAGUGGUUUGUAGUUAAUUAAUUUAAUUAUAUAAUUGAUAAAAUGUUAAUAAAAUGUUUACGAUAAAUUUAUCUUAUUUUGUC